GGUCAGCGUGACGGCUCGAGAGGGCAUCUCGCGCCUGGGUCAGGGUGACGGCUCGAGAGGGCUGGGUCAAAGGUCACAGUAGGCAUUUGGUCAGCUUUGGUAGAAGAGGGCUCCCGCAAUGGCUCCAAGGUUAUGGUGAUGGGGGAUUGAUGGCCAGCCGCCGUACAUGACUCCCUUCCCCCGUAGUGCGGACUGAGGUUCAAUAGAAUGCAGCCUGCUGAUGAGGUACACCUCAGCGAAUGGCAGAAACAUUAUUUUAAUAUAACUUCCAAUGAUUGCACACCCGGACAGAAGGCUGAUGCUUACCGUGGACAAAUUUUACAGUUGCAGUAUGCAUGGGCAAACUCUGAUAUCAGUUGGGACUGCACUGCCAACUCGUUCAGGAGAUGCACUGAAAAAUAUGCAGCCAUUAUUGACUCGGAUAAUGCAAAGAUUGGGCUGAAUAAUUAUGCUGGCAGUAUUCUCAGUUUGUCAAGAUGCCAAAAGAAUGAAAGCAAUCAGUGGCAGUCGUCGUUAACCGAAAACAAUAUUUUCAAGUUAAAAAGUGUGCAGGAGAUGUUUAAAUCUAGUAAAGUAGCUCGGGAUUUGCUGGUACCCGCAUCUGAUGCUUCAAUAGUAGUCGGUAAAACCAAUAGUGUGGCAAAUUUAGACUGUCAUAAAAUAGAAACUUCACCCACUGAUACAAAAGACUCAGUUCCUAAAAUUAAAAAUGUAAUCUUGUGCUCUGAUGUACCUUCAAGAAAUGUUAAUGAAAAUUAUCCUUCAGACAAGUACUCCGCAAGUGCCUUUACAUGUCCGAAAAUGGUGCAAGGUCUCUCGGCUGCUCUGUCAGUGACUGAUGACACUAGUGCUUUAAAGUCUACAGGUACAGUUUCAUCAACAAUUUUAAAAAAUCUCAAUGGUGACCCUUUAUUUGGAUUGGGCACAGAGGCAUAUUGUACUAUACCUCAGAUAGGAACGGUAUCUGGACAGUGUACGCCUCUUAAUGGCAAUUUGGCCCCGGAUGCACCAGGUAGCACAUCUAAGAGAAAGUCUUCCCAGAUAUCUAGAGAUGGUGAUUCGCAUACUGACAUGAUGUAUGGCCAUUUUCAAAAUCGAAACUGGACUAAUUAUAAGCAAAAGAAUUUUGAUAAUAUGACCAGAAAUACAAAAUCUGAAGAUUGUAGUACUGCUGCUGUUGAUGAAGGUUUCAUAACUUGUUUUAAAACGGCAAAGGAGCAACUACAUGUUGUUCAACAGAAAAAGUUUGGAAAUCGGUCUCAAUCUCAGCGACUACCAGUAACAACAUUGUACAAUAGUUCAAAGAAGUCUUUAGGCACAGUCAGGUCACGUGGCUUAUUUGGCAAAUUCGUUUCUCCAGUAUCAAAACAGGAUAAUGGAGAUGAAAAUGCUGGACUGUGUGCAGUGCCUCAAGAGAACAAUUCUUCUGAAGCCUCCCUACUUGUGGAUGAGCGUUUGAAGAACCUUGAGCCAAAAAUGAUUCAACUUAUUAUGAGUGAGAUCAUGGACCAUGGCCCCCCAGUGAACUGGGAUGAUAUAGCUGGGCUGGAGUUUGCUAAAACAACAAUUAAGGAGAUAGUGGUUUGGCCAAUGCUUAGACCUGAUAUUUUUACUGGUCUCCGUGGUCCACCCAAAGGAAUUCUUUUAUUUGGCCCGCCUGGAACAGGUAAAACUCUAAUUGGUAAAUGCAUUGCAUGCCAGUCAGGGGCAACAUUUUUCAGCAUCAGUGCUUCAUCACUAACUUCCAAGUGGGUUGGAGAAGGUGAAAAAAUGGUACGUGCGAUGUUUGCUGUAGCACGCUGCCACCAGCCUGCAGUCAUCUUCAUUGAUGAAAUUGAUUCUCUGUUAUCUCAAAGAGUUGAUGGUGAACAUGAUUCUUCGAGAAGAAUAAAAACUGAGUUCUUGGUGCAGUUAGAUGGUGCGGCUACUUCAGCAGAUGAUCGCAUUCUUGUGGUGGGAGCCACAAACCGGCCCCAAGAAAUAGAUGAAGCAGCUCGUCGACGUCUGGUCAAAAGACUGUACAUCCCUUUACCAGAAAUGUCAGCAAGGAGGCAGAUAGUAAUGAAGUUAAUGUCUCAUGAAAACUGUUCACUAAAUCCAGAGGAAUUAGAGUUGAUAAUUGAACAAUCUGAAGGAUAUUCAGGAGCUGACAUGACUCAGCUUUGUCGUGAGGCAGCUUUGGGGCCAAUCCGCAGCAUUCAGAUAGCAGACAUUUCCACUAUCACACCUGACCAAGUACGGCCUAUUGCAUUCAUUGACUUUAAAAACGCAUUGGUAAAUGUGCGACCAAGUGUGUCUCUGAAAGACCUUGAACUGUAUGAGGAAUGGAAUAAAACGUUUGGUUGUGGCAGAUGACUAUGGAAAAUUUGCAUAGAAAUUUAAGAACAUAAAGGUUAACAUCUAUCAGAAUUUUACAAAGUUACCUUUAUGAUGUUGGAUGUUUGUUCUUUCAAGCAAGUGUAGUAAAGAUAUCUUGCAGAAAUGUUUUCAGGAAUGUAAUUAUAUUUAAUUCAGUUUAAAUCGCUUUGUUCUAUAUUGACAGCACAUUGUCAAAAUUCAGGCUGCGGGAAUCUUUACCUCUGUCAGACAAUGUCAUUCAAACCAGCCCCCUUUUUAUGUUUAAGCUUGAACUUUAUGACUGGAUUUCCUAGUUUGUGAUUUUUUUUCUCCUGAACACUGGCAUAGAGACAAUUGUUCAUCUGCUACACACUGUUUUGACCUUUGUUCACUAAUGUUUAGUUGAACACGUGAAAUUACCAUACAAUGUCCACAAAUUCAUAAUGGCCAUCCAGACAAAUGUGACUGAUAAUUUCUUUCUAUUUUUGGAUUACAGGACAGCUACAUUUACAAAAAUGAAGGAGAAUAUGAAAUAUAUACAUUAGGUAGACCUCUUUAGCAGGGAUAGCACAAAUGCCAAUAACCAAUUGAAACUUUUAAAAUUAUUCUAAAGCUAAAUGAAAACACUAAUCCCUGGUAUCAAAAGAAGAACGUAAAACAAAAAUAAUUGAUAUGCUGGUGAUGUGUAAGAACCAAUAGGAUUUGAACUAAAAUGCUUUAUGGAUUAAAUGAAAAUAAAUGCUAGGAAAAUAGGGAUAGAUCUCUUAAGUUUCCCUUGUGCCAUCCAAACAUGCAUUAAAGCAGCUGGAGGAUUAAUUGGAAGAAGAUUUUGGAUAAUUGUUACUGACAGCUUUACAAGCUAUGUUGGUUGUUAAAAAGAUAAUGAGAAGAUAGAAUUAUAAAAGGACACUAUGGAGUAAAUUGGUGGAUUCCCAAAAAAAGCCCGUGAUUUUAACUGGUUACUUUGCGUCCAUCUAUAUUCUAGUAGCUGAUGCUUGGCUGCCAUUGAUAUAAUAUGUUGUUAGUGCUAAACACAAUAAAAAUAGAUAAAUUCUGGGAUAGAAUAAGGGAUCUGAUCUCAUAGUAUGAAUAGAUCUUUCAGCAUUCACCACUGUGAUAACAGAGAGUUAAAAGUUCUGAAGAAAAGACAUUGGACUCAAUGUUAACUGUUUGUUUCUCCAUAGAUGUUUCCAAACCAGCUAUCUUACUCUAAUAUUAUGGCUUCCGGUCCUGUAUUCUCCCACAAGAGAAAACAAUCUAUUCUGUCAGGCCUCUAAAAAACCUUAUGUUUCAAUAAGGUCACCUGCCAUUCAUCUAGACUCUAAUGGCUACAAGCCCAAACUACUCAAUAUGUCCUCAUAAGAAAAUUCCCCCAUGCCCAGGAUAAACCUAGUGAAAUGUCUCUCAAUUGUCUCCAGUGCCACUAUAUAAUUCCUUAAAUAAAGGGACCAAAACUAUUCACUGUGUUAUGUAUGGUAUAACUAGUGCUUUAUAUAUAGCAGCACUUUCCUAUUUUAUGCCUUAUUCUAUUUGAAAUAAAGGCCGACAUUCUUUACCUUCCCAACUAUCUGCUGAACCUGUUAACCUAACAUUUUUGUGAUUUGUGCUUGUCCUUGUCUUACAAUUAAAACUAAAGUGAACCCCAAAUCUUACGGAGCUUCCAUUUAGCAUUGAUAGGUGGCUUUUGCUCGUGCUGCAUCAGAAGUAAAGACAUCUUUCACUAAAUGCCAUUUCAGAACUGGAUCAUAUUUGUAGAAGUUAGUUGCUUUUCAAAUUUCACAGCUCCAUGGCUUAAAAAUGGAUUGUUCAUUUGCUGUUCCUCUGUAAAAAUCAUCAAAUUCCUUUUCUGACAUUACCAAAUCUUUACCUACACCAUAGGGGACUGCAACAAUUCAAGCAGGUGGUUCAACAUUACUGUCUCCCAAUUACACAAUGAGCAAUAAUGCUGGCCUUGUUUGUAGUGCCAAGCCAAAAAGAAAUUAAAAAUCUGCUAAUUGAUUUGACGACAAGUUGCACAUUAGAUGAGGUGAAGCCAAGAGCGUACCAAGUUGGUACCAAACUUCAUACUGCUUGACAUAGCUAAUCAGCUUUCUGCCAAGCAUUUCAAUACACCAGGUAUUUAACUGUGCAAGAUCAUCCACCAAUUUUCCAUAAGCUUCUUCAACAAAAUCUAAUCGAAAUCUACAGCAAAACGUAUGCACAACAUCCCCUCGUAUCAUAAUUGUUCCUACCCUUGCUGCAGCCACGUUGACUUGUGUACCAUGACCUACGCUAUGCUACCUGUAUAUGAGCUGCUGGGUGUAAGUUUCCAAGCAAGUCACAAUAUUUCUGCAUCACUGUUUUCCUGCUUUUCUAUCUCUGGCGUUUCCACCACUUCUUGGCCAUGUUGCUGUAUUUGAGUAUGUGGAAAUCAAGUGCCACAAAAGUAGGUUUGUGCAGUGAAGGAGGAAACCAAGAAGUGAAUGCUUACAUCAUAAGUAGCUUUUAAAUCAGAAGAGAUUGUAGGAUGAUGGCAAGUAAGAUAUGAGAAGGUGGACUAGGUAGAGGGAUACUGUCAUUUUUAACCGUGUAAAUCGCACUGAUGGCUAUGUGCUCGACCACAGUUAUUUUAAUGAUGGCGACCACUGUCUCUUCCACUAGGAAAUGGAGUUGAAGCUAUGCCUCCUGCCCACCAUUUAGAUACUACUAACACUGCUAUACAUAAUGUCCUGUAUGAGUUAGGGAAUACUGUUUGUAUAGAGUAGUUGUCAUUCAAUAACAAUAUAAACAGAUUGAUAUGGGUUUGUAACACUGUGGUUCUAAGUAUGUGAAGGUGAUUUGUGACUUAUAAACUUGUGACUUCAAUUUUCUAUCACUAGGAGUAGCUCAGCACCCACCUUUAGGACAUAGCUGCGGAUGGGUCUGUGACAAAUGCUGAAGGAAACAACAAAGGGAAAAACCUAAUUGCCUUCAUCCUCACAAAUCUACUUGUUGCAGAUGUGUCCAUCUGUGACAGUAUUGGCAGGGACAAUCACUGUACAGUCCUUGAAAUGAUACACUCCAUUGUUUUGUGUGACAUUACUAAUAUUGAUAGAACUUGAAUAGAUCUAGCAACACAAACUGGACAUGAUGUGGGCCAUCAGGUGGAGCAACAUUGUUUUCAAUUAUGAUUUGUAAACUCAUUCUGUAGCAUAUCCUCCACUCUACCAUUAUUAUCAAACUGAGAGAUCAACACUGAUUCAAUGAAAAGGAGCGCAUACCAGAAGCAGCAACAGGUAUACCUGAAAAUAAGGUGAAAACCGGCUGAUGCAAAAACAGAACUAUUUGAUGCCAAAUGGCUGAAACAGCAUACAAUAGAGAGAGUUCAGAAACACCACAUCAGACAUAAGCACUGCACUGCUGUCACAUCCAGUCAUGAAUUGUGUUGGACAAAUGAACAAGUAACAGGAGGUGGAGGCUGCAUAGAUAUGCCCAUCCCAAAUAAUGGGGAAGCCCAGACAACAAAGCAAAAAAAUAUCGACUGAAAUAUUUGCAUCCAUCUUCAAUCAAAAGUGAUGAGUGAAUGAUAUAUGUCAGUCUCUUCCAGAGAUCUCCAGCAACACAGGUGACAAUCAUCAACCUUCCAGAUUCACUCUACAUAAUGUUAAAUAACAGCUAAAUGCCCUCUACACUGCAAAGACUAUGGGUCUAGAUAGCAUUCCAGCACUGGACUGAAGACAUGCUCCAGAACGAACAAUAGCCCAAGCAAAGCUGUUCCAGUACAGCCACAAUACUGGCAUCUACCUAUCACCAUGGUAAGACCUGGGCACAAAGAAUAGGCCAAAUCCAAUCUGGCUAGUUACAGUCUUAUCAGGGGAUGGAAGGGGUUGCUUACCUUGCUAUCAAGCAGCACUUACAAAGGAAUAACCUGCU